AUUUAUAAUUCAUGUGCUUGGUGGAAUGUUUGAUUGCUUUUAAUGGCUUUAUUUUUUAGCCAAAUAUUAUUUACUUUCAAUUCAAAAGUAUUGCCCAGAAUAGUAUAGUGAUAGUAGAUAAGCUGCUGGUAAUUGAAGGAACAAUAUGGAAUAUGCUCUAAGUUAUGGAUUAACUUUAAUCUGGUUAACAUACUUGAUUGCGUCGGGAGUGAUAUUAUUCUCUCGCGGUUUUCUGUUAUCCCGCGUUUCCAAGACCGAUGUAAGCAACUGUCGGCGAUUAUCAUUAGAUCUAAAUGAUAAAAAUUAUUUGUCAGACGCGGUGGUGCAAGAAAUAUUUAAGGAUGUUAAUGCUACAACUCAUUUAUGCCUUCCGCAAAAGUCUAAAGUAAUUAUACUUCUCGUAGAUGCACUUAAAUAUGAGUUUGGAGUUUAUAAAGAAAAUCUUACGAAGCCACUUGCCUACGAAAAUAAACUAAGUGUAAUGUAUGAAUUGGAAAAGGAUAUGCCUGAAUAUGCACGCCUCAUGGUUUUUAAGGCCGAUCCGCCUACUACAACUUUGCAGCGUUUGAAAGGCUUAACUACUGGGAGCUUACCUACGUUCGUCGAUAUUGGUUCAAAUUUUGCUUCACCAGAAAUAAAUGAAGACAACAUUAUUGAUCAAAUAAACAAUAUGAAUUUACCAAUCGUAUUUAUGGGUGACAGCACUUGGUCAGAUCUCUAUCCGCGACGUUUCUUACGCUCUUAUCCUUAUCCUAGCUUUGAUAUUUUCGAUUUAGACACAAUAGAUCGCGGUGUACAGCAACAUUUAGCCAAAGAAAUGAUCCAGAACGAUUGGCAAGUGCUAAUUGCGCACUUUCUAGGCGUGGAUCAUUGUGGGCAUAAACAUGGUCCUCUCCACGACGAAAUGGGACGUAAACUUAAUGAAAUGAAUAAUGUAAUACGGGAUAUUGUCGCUCAGAUGGACAAUCAAACUACUCUGUUUGUGAUUGGUGACCACGGUAUGACAGCUACGGGUGAUCACGGUGGUGAUACGGACGAUGAAACCAAUGCUCUUCUUUUUGCUUACACUAAGCGCAGUAAAUUCCUUACUUCCGAAUUCGGCUCUGAUGCUAAAGAAAUGCAACAAAUUGAUUUCGUGCCGACACUGGCCGCUAUACUCGGUGUUCCGAUACCAUAUUCAAAUUUAGGUUUGAUUAACUUUAAUGUUAUACCCAACGUAAUAAUACCGCAUUUAAGUAAACUGCAAACAAUAUUGUUACACGUUUGGCAAAAUGCCCAACAAAUUUACAAAUAUUUUUAUAAUUACGCCCUAGAAAACAAACGUACUUUCACUGUAGAGCACAUGGAAAAUUUAGAGACCGAGUUUAUACUAUUAACGCAUCGUGUUAAAACAAUUUACAAUACCGCUGCAUUUAAGUCAUUUGUUGGCGAUUUGAACAAACAUUUGCGACAAAUAUUGAGUACGUCUCGUGAAAUUUGGGUAAAAUUUGAUGCCACACAAAUGUCGCAAGGACUGAUCGUUACAUUUCUGCCCAUAUUUUUUACCUUUGUAUUUAUCAACAACACGCGAUCUAUCGAUUUGUAUAAGAUAUUUACAUUCAAAGAAAUUGGAUACACGUAUCUGUUAAAUAUCGCAGCCGGUGUUUUUGGAUAUCGUUAUCACAAGAAUUUUUCUUUCAAAAGCGAAGAACAUGCUAUUAUAUUCUUCACUAGCCUGAUCAGUACGUUAGUGUUUGUAUUUCAUACAGUACAGAAUUGGAGUGCGAUUGCACAUAAUUGGUCGAGAAUGACGAAAUUUGCUUAUAUGCCUACAAGAGCUAUUUUAGGAAUAGCAUUGGGUGUCUUUUUCUCUAACAGUUUUAUAAUACAUGAAGCUAAGAUUUUGGCCUACUUACUUGUGGCUACUAUCUUGCUAAUGAUUUAUGAGUUACUGCAGAAAAGUGCGCAAAUUGAUUUCAGGCAUAAAUUUCGAAUUUCGGUAUUUCUUAAAUCUACGACGCUGAAACUAAUAAUAGCUAGUUGUCUGGCCGUCACGCUGAUCCGUUUCGCAUCAUCUCUUUUUCGCUGCCGAGAAGAACAAGGGAAUUGCAUUGAUUUCUCGAGUAGUUCUAGUAAUGAUGACGGUUUCAUAUUUAAAAAAGCCUCCAGCAGUAAAGUGUUAAUAGUUGCGGUAAUUGUCGUUGUAUUAUAUACGACUCUAACUAGACUCUACUUAAGAUUAUGCGGUAAUUUAACCGGUAAUUCGGUUAAUGUCCUUCUGGCACGUUACGGGCCAACACUUGCCAGUAUUUGCACUGGCGGUCAUAUGCUUUUGACAGGCAGUGCCAUAAAAAAUAUUCAACGUUCGCAUAUCGAUAUUAUGGCAUUGAUCAUUUAUGCUCUACUAGCGUUGCAAAUUAUUGUGAUAACAAUUGCUCCACUUAUGGUAUUUAUUUUGCCACCGAAGAAUUGCUCAACUAUAGCCGUAAACACUGCCAAUAGUAUAGUUCCUGAAAUUUUCAAAAAAAUGAAACGCAUGUACGAAGGUGGCGAAGUCGAAAGGCAUAGUGACAUACCCGUGGUUUAUGGACUAGCUACAGUAUAUUCAUCAAUUCUGAUAUCGUUUGGCAUUUUCUUAACCAUGGUUAUCGUCAUUUUACUUGAACCAUAUUCAUCAGUGGGAGCUAUUGCUUGCGUUGCAGUAGCUGCAGCCCUACUAUCCAUACAUUCUAUUUUACGGUUUAAGACCGCCAUAAGUUUCGAAACAUGCAUUCAACCCAAUUUUAAUGCGAUUGUUGCGUGGUUUCUCUUGGCACACUUUUGCUUUUUUGCUACCUCCCAUCAGACGACAUUAUCUCAAAUCGAUUGGCGUUCCGCGUUUGUUGGGCGAACUGCAAGCAUUGGACAAUCAAAUUUCAUUUCCGGUAUUCUGGUCAUAAUCAAUACAUUUUGCGGUCAGAUAUUAUUCUUUUCCAUGUACGGCUUGUUGGCCACGCAAACUUUCUCGAUUUUCGCUCUGUUUCCGAGUCUUAUCAAAUCCAAUAGCAAUCGAGAAACACGAAAAUCGGAAAUUGUAUCAUCACGCCUAGCGCAACAGGCUACACUAAUUGCUGAACAAUCUUUAAGUGACAUUUCUAUUGAGAGCGUGGGAUUCGAUAUGAGUCGCGGUGAAUUGGUCUUAUUUGAGCAGGAAACUGUUUUUCUAGGCACCAUGUUUAAAUUGGCCACACAGUUAUUCAUGUUACAAGGCUUUAAGGUUUUCUGUUCGAUGCUCGCUUGUACCAUACAUUGUCGGCAUUUAAUGGUUUGGAAAAUAUUUGCUCCUCGCUUUAUAUAUGAGAGUCUCGCCACCUUUGUUAGUAUGCCAGCCAUUGUGAUUGGCUAUUUUCUUAUUUUUCGCAUUCAUAAAGCAGUCGACAAAUUGAUUAACAGAAUUAACAAAAUUAAAUGAAGUUAAUUUGUAAUUGUUUUAAGAAGAUUUAUAUUUACUUUGCAAAUUUUAUCAUGUAUUAUACCCUCAUUUUUACCUUAUUUACUUAUUACGUUAUUUAUUACAGUAUUUGAUAUGUAAUUUAUUGAUCGUUUUCGAGAUGCAGAACGCUUUUCUUUUCCCUCCAUCGGAAAACAUUUUAUAUUUAUUUCUUCGAGUGCAAUAUAAACCAUUUCUUUUUUUUAAAGCAUUUAAUGUGUCUAUAUUUCUUAUGAAUCAAGGGAUGUAUGUGUCCACUUAAACCUGUUUUCGUGCAGUGAAUAGGGAACGCAUAGAAGAAAAAACAUAGAAAAAAGAUUGCAAUCGUAAACUUUUCCUACUUAGUUGUCGAAACAAACAUUACAAAGCGUGGUACACCAACUAUCCCAUUAGCAAA